UUUGAACUUCCGCGUUCCAAAGUCCAAAGGUUUUUAGCAGUGUUUAGAUUACAAGACAGGAAUGGAGGUUCCUGGUAAAUUAGGUCUAGGAGAUCUAAAUGAUGAUGACUCGACAUUAAUAUGUCUUCCAUGUGACAGUGAUGGUUUGAAGGAACCUGCUUAUGGCUUCUGUCAGGACUGCCAGGAGCAUCUAUGUGAAACGUGCUACAAACAUCAUAGACGUGCACGUCCAUUUAAAAACCAUGUACUCAUUGACAAAGAAUCCAUGCCAAAGACCAGGGUAAAUGCAGCAACAACAUCUGAGGAUACGGCCGACUAUUGCACGAAACACCAAGACAAACCACUAGAAUUUUAUUGUAGGGAUCACACAUCUGUGGCUUGUUAUGUGUGCGUUACAUUAGAACACAAACAGUGUAAGGUGGACUAUAUUCCUGAUGUUUCUGGAAACCUGUCAGAUGAGAUGGCCGAUAUAUUAGAACAAAUGGAAUCGUUGAUUAAAAAAUGUAAAUCAAACAAAGAAUAUGCUUGCAAAGCUGCGCAACAUCUAGACCAAAGUCAUGCAAAAGUUGUUGAAGAUAUCAAAGUCUUCAGGAAAGAGAUAAAUGAAUGUUUGGACAGAAUGGAAACCAGAAUAUUAAAGGAAGCUGACACAAUUGUAAAACAAGCAAAAUGUAAACAGGAAACCGUAUUAAAUGCUUGUUUAGAGAUAACGGAAGAACUUGAAUGUUCACAUUCAUUGUUAAGGUCAUUUAAAGAACAAAACAAGCAAAAUAAGCUUUUUAUCGAGAUAAAAAACGUCGGAAAAAGUCUGCCGAUAUUGAUAAAUAAGGAAAAGAAUGUAUUGGAUGCAAAUACAACAAACGAAUGUAUUCAAUUUACCCGCAGCACAAGCCUUAUAGAUUUUCUUAAGACUGUGAAUAAUUAUGGAAUAUUGUCAACAUUUGUACAGCCGUGUCAAGAUAGAGCAAUAGAUUUACAACAUAUAGAAACAAUAGACAUGAAACAGACAUCAGAAAAAGAAAAAUGUAACAUUACUGGUAUGGUUAUGAUUGCUCCUACGAAAAUGGUUGUUGCUGAUAACAUAAACAAAAACGUAAAACUGAUCGACGUUGAGAAAAACGAGGUUGUAACAGAGGUAAAGAUGUCUUCACAUCCGUUGGAUGUUAUAACUCUUCCAGAUAAAAAGCUUGCUGUAACUUUGUUGGAUGAAACGUUUGUUCAUAUAUUGUCUUAUUGUGACGCGAAACUUUCAUUAGUUCAACGUAUAGAUGUCAGAGAAAAGUGUCAUGGUGUUGCUUAUGGCCAGGAUAAAUUGGUUGUAUCUUGCAAUAAAUCAAAGAAAAUAAUCAUUUUGAAUCUUCAAGGAGAAAUUCUCGAUGUUCUUGGUUUUCCUGCUAUCUUCUAUGGGCCUCGCAGAGUUUUGAUCAGCAAGGAUGAAACGUUCAUAUAUGUAUCGGAUACAGAUGGGAGUCAAAAUAGUAAGGUUUUGAAAAUGGAUUGGAAAGGAAAUAUUAAAACCGUUUUUGAAGAACAAAGUUAUAAAUUUCCUUACGGCCAACAACAAUUAGAAGAUGACACUAUACUAGUGUGCUACAGACACAGUAACACUAUUCUGAGACUGUCAAGCAGCUUAAAGAAAUGCGAUAUUAUUGGACUAGAGAGAGCAAAUAUUUAUUUUCCAAAAGCUGUAACAUACUGCGACAAAGAACAAAAACUGUACGUAAGUUGUUCAUCAGAGAAAGAAGACUGGCGGGCUGAUAUUGUGAAAGUAUUCCAUGUUAAAUGGAUAUAAAUAUUACAAAGGAAUAUGUCGUUAUCAAAAAACUGACAUUGUCUUUUCUUCGUAAACUGAUACGUGAUAAAUAAAGAUGAGUGUUCAUACAGUAGGACCUUGCAGGACCAGGUUAUGUUAAGUAGGGAACAAUAGCUUUCAUGCAUCAAUUUGGCGAGUCAUAGAGCAAUGAGAUUUUUACUUGGCUUGGGCCAGUACACUAUAAAUGUAUCUGUACAAGGUGAAAUAGGGUAGAAUCAUUUUUGUUGGAAAACUUUUUGUAAUCAUUAAAGAUGUUGUUUAAAUUAUGGUUUGGUUUAAACAUAUUUAUUGAAGCUCGAUUGCGAAACAAGUUCUUGCAACUUAUAUUAAUCACUUUCGAGUCCGCUUCCUGGAACCAACCAGUACUGGUGUCAUAUGAAGAAACAUGGUCGUGACCAGAGUAGGGCUAGAACCCAUGAUCUCUGUGUUGAGAGGCAAACACCUUAACCACUAGGCCACCGCUCCCCCUUAAAUUAUGAUGAAUAUAGUGUGAAUAAAUGUAUAUUUGCAUGGGCUGUGGAUAAAGGAAAUACUAGAUGUAGAAACUGGUUUCUCCACUUUGUGUUUACAAUCUGAACAGUGCUCUGGUCUGAACAGUGCUGGUGUAUUCUAUUUCCACGGACAAUAUAUCCAUUCUGCA